AUGAAGUGUUGCAUAGUUCUGUUGUUAUUCAGCCUGCUUGCCGUUAUCUAUGCUGCACCAGUUCCAGAAGCAGAGAAGGAACAAACGACUGCAGCACCCGACAAAGAAGAUGAAAGUCAGAAGGAAUCCGCCGAAACGCCAACCGUACAAUCAGACGAUAGUCCUAAGGAUAAACCGGACAUGAGCCCGGUCGACCUUAUGCAACAGGUGAUCACGGGUGUGAUGAAAAAAUUUACUGAUGGCUUCCGGGAUAAUUUGAAAGUGAUGCCUUUCGUACUGUAA